UUUCACUUAUAUCUUAUUAUCAAUGAAAAGAAAAUGAAAAAAAAAAAUUUACAAUUAAUAUGAAAAGAAAUAUUCAUUGAUCUGCUAGAGGACGUUUCAGUCAAAGAAAAUUUGUCUUCAUCUGAUCAAUACUCUCCAGACAUAAAAAGUAUAAAGAAUUUUAAAACGUGAUAUCAACAAUGGCAGCACAUAUGAGUAUGCCAUGGUUUAAGGACAAAACUGGUGAGAUAGAUCGAUCAUUAUUUUACAAGAAACCGAUUACGAAAGAUAAUUAUAAACUAGGACCUGAUCACAUUGACAAUCCUCAGGAGUUAAGACGUCAAAGAAUUUUAGAAAUUCAAAAAAGAAAUAGAGAUCUCAAAUAUAAUGCUGGACGAGACAUAAUAGAAAUUUUUAAAUCUGACGAUGAAGAAGAAGAAGAAGAAAUGGAAUUUGAUUGUAGUAACAAGUCUAAGAAAAGAUAUGAACGAUCCAAACAUUACGCCAAUCAAUUCAUGUUGUCUGAAUGGCUGACUGAACUACCUUGGGAUAUUCUAGACAAAUGGAUUAUUGUAGCUUGUCCUCAAGGCAAAAGAACCUUAGUAGUUGCACGCAAAAAUACAACAAAGGCUUUUAACAGACGUGGUAAUAGGGUAGGAAAAUUUCAAUCUUUACUGCCUGGAGGAAAUUCUGAUGAACAUCAUAGUCAUUGCACUAUUUUGGAUUGUAUAUGGGUAGAAAAAGAAAAGACAUAUGUUGUCUUGGAUGUGCUAGCAUGGUCUAAUCAAUCCCUUUUAAAUUGUGAUUCAGAAUUUCGAUUCUUUUGGUUGAAAUCAAAAUUUGAAGAAAUAGCAGAUUUGAAAAAGGGUGGAGUUCGUAACAAUACUUAUUCUAUUUUAUUUUUACCACAUGUAUAUGUUGGUAGUAGUCUAGAAUCAGUCGUAGCGGAUGUAUCUGCUAUAGCACCUUUGGAUGGACUUUUAUUUUAUCAUCGUCAUGCAUUAUAUACUCAGGGUCGCACACCUCUUGUAACAUGGUUGAAGGGUUUUAUGUUGCCUGAAAUACUUGGAAUAACUUUACCUUCUCCAUAUGACGAAAAACCUGAUGAUUACAUAGACAUCAAGCAUUAUUUGCUAAAUUUCAAAGAAAAGAAGCAGAAGGAGAAAGCAAUUGCUUCAACAAGUAAUAUGGAAAUUGUGGACGAGGAUAUUGAAUCAAUAUAAACUUGGACUUAAACAUAAUAGACGAUCUUCUGACUGAAGAGACAUACAAUAUAUAAGUAAUUGAUGUUCUAAUUUAAUAUAACUAAAUUAUAUUUCAUUCGUAACAAAUUUAUUAUCUGUGUAAUAAAUAUAUAAUUAAUCUAAUCAAAAAGUAAAAAAAAAAACUAUAUAACCAUAUGUCAAAUACAUUAUAACUCAUCAUAAAAAUAAUGCAUGUAACAUGUCUACAGAUUUUUCUGUCAUAUAUAAUAAAACACGCUUCAUAAUUUC